AAAUUGGUGGCCGCUGAGGAGCUUGUUGUUUGUCUGCUGCUGCUAACCACCGACAUAACCGACGGGUAGCGUUUUGAUUGCGCCCUUAGACUCGCUGGCUAGCGAAGUGAGAUUCACCGGGAUAAGAACCUCCUGUCAGGAUUUCGGAUCCCGACGACUCUCGGUAUGGCCGUAUCGGUCAGCGGUCCCGCUGUCGAGGGCGUUCAAGCCCCAGUGAAGAAGCAGCGAAUCCGCCAGAUCGUUCUCAACCUGGAAAACUGCAUCCUCACAGAAGACAAGCUCAAUAAUACACCUUCGAUGCAGGAUGGCCUCGAUCGGGAGGUCGAGACCGACUUGCGUUUUAUCGGCUGCGAAUUCAUCCAAACUGCUGGUAUUUUAUUGAAGCUACCCCAAGUUGCGAUGGCUACGGGACAGGUUCUGUACCAGCGAUUCUACUACAGCAAGAGCUUUGUUGGGCACAAUUUCGAGAUCGUGGCGAUGGCCUGCGUGGUCUUGGCUUCGAAAAUAGAAGAAGCUCCAAGACGUGUACGUGACGUGCUCAACGUGUUUCAUCACAUGGAGCAACUGAGACGGAAGAAAACUCCUGAACCUCUUAUACUGGACCAGCAUUACAUGACAUUGAAGAAUCAGGUCAUUAAAGCAGAGAGACGAGUACUCAAAGAGCUCGGAUUCUGCGUUCAUGUGAAACACCCGCACAAAAUGAUCGUUACCUUACUCCAAACAAUUCUCCUGUCGGAGAACAAUGACCGUCUUGUACAAAUAGCUUGGAACUACAUGAACGAUAGUCUGCGAUCUGAUGUCUUCGUUCGGCACCCUCCGGAAACGAUAGCAUGCGCGUGCAUUUCUCUCGCAGCGAGGAUGCUGCAGAUACCGCUGCCUACGAAUCCGAAUUGGUAUGAAGUCUUCCGGAUCAGCGAAGGCGAGAUCGAAGACGUGGCCUUCCGGAUAUUCUCCCUCUACGCGAGACCAGAGGUCGACGUGGACCGUGUUGACAAAAUCGUCAAGGACCUACGCGCAAAACAGCAAGAGGAAAAGAGACUGAAGGCUCUCGGGACGCUCGCGAAGACCGUGACCAUCGCCGACGAGAAGGUCGCCGAAACCACGGUCGUCCCGUUGAACAAGAUUCUCGAUUCGAACACGACAGCUCUUUACGGACCGGUCAAGAAAGUCUCAGGAGUGGAAACCAAGGGGGAGAGGGACCGCUACAAAGAUGAGGAUCGACACCGAGAUAAGGACCGAUCUAGAGACCGAACGGGAGAGAAAUCGAGAGAAAGGGAGAAAUCCAGGGACCAGGGACGGGACAGAUCGAGAGAGAGAGCCCGAGAAAGAUCCCAAGACAGAUCCAAAGACUACCGACGACGUAGCUCGAGUAGCGAAGACCGAUCGUCCCGCAAGAAACGCAAGAGGAGAUCUCGAGACCGAUCCAGAAGCGUGAGUUUGGACCGCCGACGCAAACACCGUCACCGCAGAUCGCGUAGCCGCCCCCGAAACACUUCCCGCGUUUAUUGAUAACGAAUUUGUUGACUGCCCUGACGAAUAAAUGUACAUACAAAGGAAGCGAUGAAGCGCAUGAGAGAAUAAAAUAUGUAAGUAAUGA